GCGUUGCGCGGCCCGGGCCGGAAGUAAGCGAAUUCCCGGGUGUGUGUCUGUGUCUGUCUGUGUCUCGCAGCGGCGCGCGGCCCCGGACAAGCGCUGGGGAUUCCCGUUUGAGGCGUCACUACUAUCACUGCCAUCACCCCACGGAGCCACUUCUAGAGGGGAGUAGACCCGGCUCUUCGCCGGGCAGAGAAGAUGUUGCCCCUGUCCAUCAAGGACGAUGAAUACAAACCACCCAAGUUCAAUCUGUUCGGCAAGAUCUCGGGCUGGUUUAGGUCUAUCCUGUCCGACAAGACGUCCCGGAACCUGUUUUUCUUCCUGUGCCUGAACCUCUCUUUCGCUUUUGUGGAACUACUCUACGGCAUCUGGAGCAACUGCUUAGGCUUGAUUUCCGACUCUUUUCACAUGUUUUUCGAUAGCACUGCCAUUUUGGCUGGACUGGCAGCUUCUGUUAUUUCAAAAUGGAGAGAUAAUGAUGCUUUCUCUUACGGGUAUGUUAGAGCGGAAGUUCUGGCUGGCUUUGUCAAUGGCCUAUUUUUGAUCUUCACUGCUUUUUUUAUUUUCUCAGAAGGAGUUGAGAGAGCAUUAGCCCCUCCGGAUGUCCACCAUGAGAGACUGCUACUUGUUUCCAUUCUUGGGUUUGUGGUAAACCUAAUAGGAAUAUUUGUUUUCAAACAUGGAGGUCAUGGACAUUCUCAUGGCUCUGGCCAUGGACACAGUCAUUCCCUCUUUAAUGGUGCUCUAGAUCAGGCACAUGGCCAUGUCGAUCAUUGCCAUAGCCAUGAAGUGAAAUAUGGUGCUGCACAUAGCCAUGAUCAUGCUCACGGACAUGGACACUUUCAUUCUCAUGAUGGCCCCUCCUUAAAAGAAACAACAGGACCCAGCAGACAGAUUUUACAAGGUGUAUUUUUACAUAUCCUAGCAGAUACUCUUGGAAGUAUUGGUGUAAUUGCCUCUGCCAUCAUGAUGCAAAAUUUUGGUCUGAUGAUAGCAGAUCCUAUCUGUUCAAUUCUUAUAGCCAUUCUUAUAGUUGUAAGUGUUAUUCCUCUUUUAAGAGAAUCUGUUGGAAUAUUGAUGCAGAGAACUCCUCCCCUAUUAGAAAAUACUCUGCCUCAGUGCUAUCAGAGGGUACAGCAGCUGCAAGGAGUUUACAGUUUACAGGAACAGCACUUCUGGACUUUGUGUUCUGACGUUUAUGUUGGGACCUUGAAAUUAAUAGUAGCACCUGAUGCUGAUGCUAGGUGGAUUUUAAGCCAAACACAUAAUAUUUUUACUCAGGCUGGAGUGAGGCAGCUCUAUGUACAGAUUGACUUUGCAGCCAUGUAGUGAAUGGAAAGAAAUUAUGCACCUUUUAUGGACCAAAUUUUUCUGGUACUGUACGAUCCAAAACAUUGUACCCAGCUUUUUAAAAGAGAGAAAUUAUCACUACAACUCCCGAGCACUAAGUAGACUGGGUAGAGUCAGCCGUUUACGCUCUGUGGGGAGUUCACAGCUAAGCGAUCAGAUUUAAGAGGAUAUCUCCUGGACUUUUGGUCUUUUCUUUUGUGCUCUUUCCUCCAAAUCUUUUUGACUUCUGAGGUUUUUGGUUUAGGGUGUUGAUUUGUCCUUUUUUCUUUCUUGUUUUGUUUUUGGUUUUUGUUUGUUUGUUUGUUUUCAUGUUGAAUGCCCACACCAUCAUCCUCUCAUCCCAGCCAGUAAGAAUUUCAGAUUGUGGCCUCCAGUCUUCUGGAAUAUCUUCACUGAAGCUGCUGGAAACCACUGCUUUCAUUCCCACAAAACCAGUAUUACUUUUUUUAAGAAAAAAAAAAAGAAAGAAAUUGGAAAUCUGUUCUAUAAGUAAUGUCACAAUUGUUGACGUUCUUCAGUAUAAUCAUGUUUGUAAAAUUGUUUGUACCUUGCAAACUUACGAACCAAACCAUAUUGGGUUUUCAAAGUGCCUUUGUAUCCGAAAAUGUAUUUGCCAGCAUAGAAAUGUACCAUCAAAAGUCAUGUAUGCUUUAUUUUUAUUUUUUAUUUUUUGAGAUGGAGUCUCGCUCUGUCGCCAGGCUGGAGUGCAGUGGCGUGGUCUCAGCUCA